UUUCCUUCCCCAUUUUUUUUAUUUUUAUUUUGUAUAGAAAUCAAAGAAAGAACAAAUUCUUUGGAAUUCUACAUAGAGAUUGGAGAAGAAGGGCAGGCAACAAGGUUUUGUCCCUUUUUUCUUCUUCAUUCUUUUAUAUAUAUGUUUUUAUCUCUCUCUGUUUUUUAGCCAAAAACAAGGAAAGAGAGAGAAAAAGGAGGAGGAUAUCGAUAUCAUUAGCUUGGUACAAUCCGUCUUCGGUGUUGUAAUGUUGGCAGAGAGACGAGGGAGGGCAGCUCCUGCUUUAAUCCGACGAUUCUCUCUUCGUCUCUCUUCACUGAUCAUUGAUCGAGUCACAUUGGCAUCUAUCGUCACUGUUGAUUGUUGAUUCGCAAUUGGAAGAUGAGGAACGAGCUUUGGUUUACCCUUUAUUUGGGGGAGGCGUUAUUAGUGAUCGAUUACUAGUUAUUAUUCUGGGUUUUUGUUUUGCUUUUUUCUUUCUUUAUCAUCAAUCGUCGAAUCAAUCUUCUAUGGCACCGAAUGAUGAUCCUACUAAAACCAAGAGGCUUUAUCAAGUUUGGAAGGGGAGCAAUAGAUUCUUUUUUGCCGGGAGAUUGAUCUUUGGUCCUGACGUUGCAUCAUUGUUUCUAUCCACAUUUCUUAUUGCUGCACCUGCAAUUGCUUUCUGCAUAAGGAUGUAUAUAAAGAUCAAACAUGAAAAUACCAAUGUUGGUCGCGAUUAUUCCAUAUUAAUUCUGGGUGCUUUGCUCUCUGUACUGGACCUUGUGUUUCUCUUCUGUACCUCUGGUAGAGAUCCUGGAAUUCUACCCAGAAAUUCAAAACCCCCCGAAUCAGAUGAAGCUUUUGAAGAGACUACCCCAUCUAUGGAGUGGGUCAAUGGUAGAACUCCUCAUUUAAAACUUCCUCGUACCAAAGAUGUAAUGGUUAAUGGCCACACUGUGAAAGUAAAGUACUGUGACACCUGUUUACUUUAUCGUCCUCCCCGAGCAUCUCAUUGUUCCAUAUGCAACAACUGUGUUCAAAGGUUUGAUCAUCACUGCCCAUGGGUUGGUCAAUGCAUUGGAAUACGGAACUAUCGGUUCUUCUUUAUGUUUAUAUCAACCGCAACCAUCUUGUGCUUACAUGUCUUUGUUUGUUCUUGGAUCAAUCUCCUUGAAAAGGAAGCUGACAGUGAUGGCAAUCUUUGGAAGGCUAUGUCGCAUGAUGUCCUAUCCGUAAUUCUAAUAGUCUACUGCUUCGUAGUUGUGUGGUUCGUCGGUGGUCUUACAGUUUUCCAUUUCUAUCUGAUUUGCACUAAUCAAACUACGUACGAGAACUUCCGUUAUCGAUAUGAUAAAAAGGAAAACCCAUAUAACAAGGGAACAAGAAGAAAUUUUCAUGAAAUGUUUUUUUCCAAGAUGCCACCUUCAUUGAAUAAUUUUCGUUCAUUUGUGGAGGAAAGUGAGCAUAUAAUUAUUGGAUCCAUGACACCAAGCUUUGCUGAAGGUGAAAUUAGCUCAAAAGAGAAAAUUGAUAUUGAGAUGGGAAAUAGGCUUGCUGAGGAGACUGGUUAUUCACUACCUGAAAUUUUGAGAAAUUUGGAUUUUGAUGAUUUGGAGGAUGAAAUGAUGGUAAAGAUCGAAGGGGAAAGACCUAUGGAUUCAUUGUUUAUGGAGGGGCAUGAUGUGAAACAGUCUGUUGAAAUCUCCAUUCCAGGGGAUGAUGGAAAAGUUAGAACCGACGACAGUGCAGCUUUUCAAAAUGGAGUUGGAGAAUUUAUGGAAAGCCAAACUGCAAGAAAUGAAACCGAUACGUCAGAACAAGCGAGAAUGUAGCAAGUCUCAUCUAACAACGCUGUCAAUCGGUACGCAGCUUCGGUGGACUGUAAGUUGUUGAAAAUAGAGAUACAUACAUACAAGCUCAAAAAAAAAAGGUAAAUAUAUGUGUUUAUAUGGAUGUACCAAACACUUAUUGGUUGUUGUAAGCUGUAAAUGUUGUGGUUUGCUAGAAAUAAUGCUGAAACUCAAGAGAAAAGGUUGUAGUGUGUGUUGUAGGUUUUAUCAUUUCUUAUAGCAUGCUUGAGAGUAUAGGGAUUCAUGUUUCAUCGGUUAGAACUACUACUUGGUUUGUGUGGCAUGUAAUUUUUUAUUUAUUUUGUAGGAAUAUUACUUGGUACACACCUUAAUCAAGAUUCCAAAUUUUACGAGU